AGAUGGCAGGCGGGAGUCGCUUCUCUUGGCUGUCUCUCUCGGUCCGUUGGUCCAUCCCGGUUCCCAUUGUCUCUCCUUUUUUCACUCCUUGAAGACAACCCCGAGACGGCAAACUAAAGUUAGUCGUUAUUUGGCUCAUUUUGCGCAUCACGUUUGGGAGACUUCCCUCGAAAAGAAAUUUCACCAGGCUCCUUUCUGCCUGAAAUUUGGACUUGCCUAAUUUUCUUGUCUUUUUAAAAUAUUUAUAUCGUUGAAACGUCUUCAUUAUAAGGCUGCUAAUGAACCGGACGACGUCUGAGGGUUCUGGUUGAACUGGUGGUGUGGACCUGAUGGGGAGAUGAACCAGAGGAGGGGGACUCAUUAUCCACAAGAGCCACUAUAAUCAUCUUCCAGUGACUGUUGACAUAUCCAAACACCCUGGCGACACAUUUGGUCACCAUUGUCUCAGCGGAUAAAAACACAAAAUUGAGAAUCAAAAACUAAGACACGGCGCUGGAUAACAGACCUUGGGGCUUUAGGGAAGGAUGUUGCCGCUACAUGCCCGCUACGUCCCUUGAGAGAGGAGGAAAGGAGCUCGUCUGUGAGAAGAGCCAGGGACCACUUUUACUUGUUUUCUCCACCCUGAAACAAAUUAGGCUCUCACAAUCAGCCAAAUGCAAGAAGCGCUUAAUCGGAUUAUUAACGAAGAGAAAUAAUCCGGGGAAUAUAUCCAUCUAAUAUCAUCAUCUCUGUGUUUAUUUAUUCAGCAUCAAAGUGGCUGCUGUUCAAUACUGUGUUGGUUAAACACUAAUGAGGAUGCGAAUAAUCGAGGUGGACUUCAAGUGGACUAACUAGUCCAGCAGGUGAUGCCUAGAUAAGUGGACCCUGCGUGGACACUAAAGUUAGUGUUUUUACAAAUCAGGUUAUUUUGAUUUGUGAGAGCAAAGAAAUUAUAUAUCGGAAUAAAUUCGUUGUCAGCUAAAAUGCAGCACAGCCGCUAAUAAAUCAAGCUGCCAAAGUGUGGAUACAUAGAACAGUUUGGGGACUUAAAUCUGAGGCUUUGAUCUCUGUGUGUUGGAAAUCCAGGGAACCACUUGAGGCUGUUAGCAGCUUUUCCACCUGAAUGAAGUAGUCACCUUUGAUUCUCUUGAGCCCCAGAGAGCGCAGGGGCUGCGCUCUGCCCUGUGAGGCCGGUCAGCGAGAGCUUCUACCUGGGCUGCCGGCCAGCCAGACGAGCCCUCGGGGGUGGUGGGGGGGUGGGGGGUCUUUUGGAUUUUGGAUUGUGAAGGAGAGAUUUGGAAGUUAUCCAGAGUUUCUGCUCCACGUGGACUGCAGCAGAUUGGGAGCAGGACAUCAUGGGAUGCUGUAGUGGCAGGUGCACCUUGGCCUUCAUCUGUGGCAUGCAGCUGGUCAGUGUGUUGGAGCGCCAGGUGAUUGAUUUCCUGGGCUACCAGUGGGCUCCCAUCCUGACCAACUUCCUACACAUCAUCAUCGUCAUCCUGGGCCUGUUCGGCACUAUUCAGUUCAGGCCGAGAUAUGUCACUGGAUACGCAGCUUGGCUCGUCGUAUGGAUGACCUGGAAUGUUUUCAUCAUUUGUUUUUACCUGGAGGUUGGAGAUCUCUCUAGAGACUCUGACCUUGUCUUGACGUUCAACUUGUCCAUGCAUCGCUCUUGGUGGAUGGAGAAUGGCCCAGGGUGCAGGGUGACACCCAUCACCCCUCCUCCCUCCUGGGCACCUGAAGACCACCGAUAUAUAUCUAUAUCUGGCUGUCUGAUGGAUUUUCAGUUCAUCGAGGUGGCUCAUUCCUCACUGCAGAUACUUCUGGCUUUGGUGGGGUUUAUCUACGCCUGUUAUGUGGUCAAGCUCAUUUCUGAAGAAGAGGAUAGCUUUGAUUUUAUAGGAGGAUUUGACUCGUAUGGUUACCAGGGCCCUCAAAAGACCUCCCAUCUUCAGUUACAGCCCAUGUACAUGUCAAAAUAAACCUGGAAGCGUCUCCUGAAGAGCUGCCUUACCAACGAUCACUGCUUAAAACCCUGCUUUUACCACUCCAACUCUCUUUUAACACACAGAGACAGACAAGUAGACAGUGAACAGAUGACUCUCUGCUUUUCCAAAUUACAAAUCCCCCCCAAAUGCUUGAUCAGAUGGCGUCCCGCAGCUCUGUCUGUCUGCCAGUGCAGCUCCUGAUAAAAUGCUGCCAUCAUGUGGCUGAAUGUGGUAACUGCGGGACAUGUCAGGCACGUUUUGUGAGACGCAAUUAGGAGCCAAUGACUUGCUCCCUCUAUUGUGCUAAUAAAUAUCUGCCCUGUGAAAGAAAGCGAAGAGGCAACAGCUUAUUGGUGAUGUGUUUCCACAAGUUUCUGCUGAGAAGUUACAUUCCUGCUGUCCCAAACAAAAAAAAAAAAAAAGAAAAAGGUUAAAAGUGAGUCAUGUUCCUUGAGGCAACUGAAGAAAUUGGAAGCAGUUUCUCUCUUGAGAUAAAGUGUUGCGCAGACACGUCUGACCAAAGAGUUAGGAAUAAAAUCCACCCAGAACUACAGCCCUGUGUACACAACAGAGUCUGUUUAACCUUUUCUGGAACUUUUUGCUUGUGGUGCCUGACAAAACACACCAGACUUCACACCAGGAACCUGCAUACAAGACUACCGAUUAAGGAAUGUUAAGCAUAUCUUUUCUAAAAACAAACUUUUACGAUCCAUCUGGGAUCUCAUGGUGACUGAGAAGAUGAUCUCAGUCCAAGUUAUUGGCUGGACUCAAGCACGAGCACGGCCUCUGCUCUGUUGUUUCAUGAAUGUUGACUAACAGUGUGCUGUGUCGACUUGUGCGCACUCUCCUUAUACAUGCAUGUGGACAAGAAACAGACAUGUGAACACACAGACAUGCAUGCACAAACACACAUACACAAGCUCAUAACAGAUACACCACUCAUCAUUUUCUACUACUAAUGUGAAUCUUAAUGUUUACAAAAGAAAUUCUGAAUACCUGACAGUAGGUUUGGACAUAAGGUGAACAGCAGCUUCCCUGAGGACAGGGGGUGUUUCCUGCCAUAGAAACACAACAGCUCCACAUGUGUCUUUUGGUCUUUUUCUGUCUAAAUAUUUUGUCUUCCACUCAAGACACAUAAAGGUAGAUAGAGGCUGAACAUGGCAGAGAAAACUAUAAAAAAGAGGAGGUCAGGCAGGUGUUUUCCAUCCGCCAUCAUAUCUUUCAGCAAGCGAGUGUUUCCCAUUUUUCUUCUUUUUAUUAUAAAAACUACUGGAGGGCAGAUAAAGAGCCCAAUCAGCUUUAUCGUCUGUGGUAUCCAGCGCUUCAAAAAACAGAAAUAGUUUAAAAGCAGCCUCAAUUUGCUGCAGGCGAUGCUUACAGAGAAUAGACACACCCUUUACAGGAACGACAAUCACAGUCAAAGUGGCCUGAGUCUUGGCAUGAAUUUUAUUUUUGGGGAUAAAAAAAAAAAAUCUGGUAAUUAGAAAAGCUUCUAAAUUAAAUUAUUCAAAUCAUUACUUAUCGUUUUGAUUUGUAUAACCCUUUUUCAGCUUACUGGGGGACUGAUAACUGAUAAAAGAUUAAAAAAAAUA